CGCAAAGAGCUGGCCUUGACCGUUUUUAUAGAGUUGCUGUCAUAUCAAUUAGCAUCUCCCGUGCGAUGGAUUGAAACACAAAGCGAGAUGUUUGGGAACGAAUUAUCCAUCCAACGUUUCAUCGAAGUUGGGCCGAGAACAACUCUUGCAACAAUGGCUAAGAAAUCGGCUGCCAUUCGUUACAAACUACAAGCUCCAUCGCAGUGGUCACAUCUGCAGUUUCUCUCGUACAAUGAUGAUUUAUCAACGAUUCUUUAUCAACCGUCUGAGUCAGUUCCCCAAGCUGCUGAGGUAGAUAGCCCUAGUCCAAAAGCUCCGGUGGAACCCCAUCCAAGAAGGCAGCCAAAUCCAGCACAAAAGACUGCUACUGCCCAACAAGUUCCAAACGUCGACAGCUCGUUGCUAGCCCGUCAUAUUGUUUUAGCCAUAGUGGCCCAAAAGCUCCGACGGCCAUUCGACCAGGUUCCAGCCGAGAAAAGCAUUCGGGAUCUUUCAGGAGGAAAGUCAACCCUCCAGAAUGAAUUGACCGGCGAUUUGAUGAGUGAGUUUGGUAGAAUCCCGGAAGGGGUCGAGGACCUACCUUUGUCUGCUUUGGGGGAAGCUCUUCAGAGUGGAUUUGCCGGAAUGCCAGCGAAAUACAUGGCAUCUCUCAUCUCAAGAUUGAUUUCCAGUACAAUGCCGGCUGGCUUCAACCAAAGCGCAAUCCAAGCAUACUUGGGAACUCGCUGGGGUCUAACAAAGCCACACGCUAUCAUUCCCCUAUGUUUCGCUACCACCAUGCCACCUGAAAAUCGACUUCCCGAUGUUCAGCACGCAGAGGACUAUUUGGAUAGUCUGGUCAAUCGAUAUGCUGCCUAUGAAUGUAUUUCCUGGGAGUCGCGCCUCUGUGAGCCUGGAGACAAUGAUGGUCUGCAUACUCCGGUCAUGGUAGAUACCGCUAGUUUAGAUGCCCUGCGUCGGGAUCAAAGCUCUCUAUACCGUGCUCAAUUUAGUGCACUUGCGAAGUACCUCAAAAUUCGCGAACCGGGUUCAGAUGAAGAGCCAUCCGAGUCCCAGGUCAAAGUACACGAGCUGGAGAAGAUGUUGGGCCAAUGGACUGUGGAAUUCGAUGACCAGUUCCUGCAAGGUGUCGGAUCAAUAUUCAGUGCCAUUCAAGCUCGUCAUUACGACUCCUGGUGGAAUUGGUCACGCGAAGAACUGAUUCGGUGGCUUAAUGAGAUAUUUCAUACAGGUGUCCAUCCCGUGUGCACUGAAGACCGCAUGAAGAGCAUCCUGAACAGAUGGGAGUCGACGUGUACGGAUAUCGUCAAUGAAUGGCUAUCCCACCAGCUUCCUCGGCAGCAACGCACGGUUAUUCAUAGCAUCCAAGAAUUACUUGACGAGAUCGCGACCUUUAGCAAUCGGGCCCAAGUUGCAGAUCCCCUCUUUGUGUACACCCUCGCCCCUCUAGGCCCGCGGACAGGUAUCUCAAGCUCCGGGCAGCUGGAAUAUCAAGAGGUCCCCCGAAACAACCGGUACUAUCCUUACGUCGUGCGGCGUGGACUACAUUGUCCGCAAGAUGCUAAAGUCAAGAUUCCUUUUGUUCACAUUAAGACCCGUCAAGAUAAUGAAGACUGGCAGUACGACAUCAAAUAUACCAACGUAUUCCACGCAAUGUUGGAUAUAGGGGCUACAACCGGUCUCACCUAUGCCGGUAAAACGGCUUUAGUUACAGGAGCCGGUCCUGAUUCCAUUGCGUCUCAUAUAGUGCGAGGCCUCCUGAGCGGUGGUGCACGGGUGGUCAUUACUACCAGCCGAGCGAUUUCAGAAAGUGCGGGAUUUUAUCAACAGAUGUAUCGCCAACACGGUGCCAGGGGGUCGUCGUUAACCAUCCUUCCCAUGAACCAGGCAAGUAGGCAGGACUGUGAGUUGCUGGUGCGGCACAUUUAUGGUCCCGGAUCUCCUUGCGGAGGUGACCUGGAUUAUAUCAUCCCAUUUGCUGCAAUUCCUCAAACAGGAGAGCCGGAGGCGUUAGGCGGACGGCAGGAGCUAGCACUCCGAGCCAUGCUGGUGAAUGUUCUACGGCUCAUCGGCUAUGUUCACCGGGAAAAGCAGGCGCUGCGCAUUGAGACGAGGCCAACAAUGGUUGUGCUCCCCAUGUCGUGCAACGAAGGCACAUUUGGAGGCGAUGGAUUAUACGCGGAAUCCAAAAUAGGACUGAGGUCUCUCUUCAAUCGCUUUUGCUCCGAAAGCUGGUCCACGUAUAUGACCGUAUGCGGAGCCGUCAUUGGAUGGACACGCGGAACGGCUAUAAUGCGCUCCUCGAACCUGGUUGCGGAAGAAAUGGAAAAGUUGGGCAUGAUUACCUUCACGCAGGCAGAGAUGGCAUUCAACAUUCUUGCUUUGAUGACGCCUGCGAUGACUGCGCUGGCUGAGGAAGCACCUAUAUAUGCGGACUUGACAGGAGGGGCUGCGUCCAUGUGGAAUAUCAAAAAGCAGAUUUCCGCAGCUCGUAAGAGGGUUUCCCACAAGCUGCAGCUACGAACUCUCAUCGCAGAAGAAGAUGCCCGUCAGCAAAUGGUCAUACGAGGUCCGACAAUCGCAUCAAAGAAUUCCAGUACGCGGGGGAAAGUUCGGCUUGCGAAUCUUAGUCUCAAAUUUCCCAUCUUGUCAGAUAUAGAUGAAUCGCUUCCGAAUAUUCGAGGAAUGGUCGAUCUCUCACGCGUCGUCGUCGUGGUAGGAUAUUCCGAACUAGGUCCCUGGGGCAACGCUCGCACAAGAUGGGAAAUGGAACACCAAGCCAAGUUCAGCCUGGAAGGCUAUAUGGAAAUGGCUUGGAUGAUGGGCUUGAUCAAGCACGUUGAUGGUCAAUUAAACGGACAGCCUUAUGUCGGCUGGGUCGACGUAAAGACAGAAACCCCCGUGAGGGACGACGAAGUGCCCGAAAAGUACCAUAAGCACAUCAUGGCUCACACGGGCCUGCGCUUAAUUGAGCCCAGCAAUGAAGAUAAAUACGAUCCAUCUCGAAAAGAGUUUCUGCACGAGGUAGCCGUGGAGGAAGAUCUACCUCCAUUUGAAGCGUCGAAGGCUUCAGCUGAGGCGUUCAAGCUGCGCCAUGGGGCACAUGUCAGUUUACAAAAGGCCCCUGACUCCGAAAACUACCGCGUUUAUCUAAAAAAGGGCGCUGUUCUCAUGGUUCCUAAAACCGUUCCUUUCCAUCAAAUGGUGGCAGGGAGAAUCCCCCAGGGAUGGGAUGCACUCCGAUAUGGCAUACCUGAGGAUAUAGUCCAACAAGUUGAUAUAACAACCUUGUAUGCUCUGUGCUGUGUAUCGGAGGCAUUUCUAUCUGCCGGGAUUCGGGAUCCUUACGAGAUUUACGAGUACAUCCACGUAUCAGAACUGGCAAACUGUCUCGGUACCGGAGGAGGCCCUCUGAAAGUGAUCCAAAGCAUGUAUCGAGAUCGAUUCCUCGAUCGUCAGGUGAGAGGAGAUAUUAUCUUGGAGCACUUUCUAAACACCAUGGGGGCCUGGGUUAAUAUGCUGCUCUUAUCAGCCACCGGUCCCCUGAAAACCCCAGUAGGGGCUUGUGCAACCGCCCUCGAGUCCCUGGAUAUGGGAUGCGAGGCGAUCAAAGGGGGUAAAUGCAAGAUAGCUGUUGUUGGGGGUUGUGAUGAUUACCGUGAAGAAUUGGCAUAUGAGUUUGCCAAUAUCAAAGCCACGGCCAACAGUGCGGAAGAACUCGCGAAAGGGAGAACGCCAGCUGAAAUCUCUCGUCCUACAGCCAGUUCGCGCAAUGGGUUUGCCGAAUCUGCAGGAUGUGGUGUGCAGAUUUUAACGACAGCUGAACUUGCCAUAGAAAUGGGGUUACCGAUACAUGGAGUGGUUGCCUAUACACAAAUGGCCAGUGAUCAAGUCGGCCGUUCCAUUCCAGCUCCCGGGAAAGGAAUUCUUACAGCAGCUCGAGAGACCAGUGAAGGCAAAAAUUCGCCUUUCCUGAAUCUAGACUUACGGCGAGCACGGUUUGAUGAAGAGAUUCAGAAUAUCACACCAAGAGGUUACACCCAUGGUCUAUCCCAGAAUCUGGGUACCACAAAUGGGACAGCAGACCCACCAACCUCGGAUGAAGACCAUUUGCUCAAGCUGAAAGUCCAUGACGCUCAGCGCCGAUGGGCUAAUGACCUUCACAUCUCCGAUCCGUCCAUAUCUCCAAUCAGAGCUGCCUUGGCCACCUGGGGUCUGACGAUUGAUGAUAUCAAGGCUGUUUCAAUGCAUGGAACUUCUACAAAGGCAAACGAGAUCAACGAAGGGGAAGUCAUCCAUACCCAAAUGGAGCAUCUUGGCCGCCGAAAGGGAAACCCUCUGUUCUCGGUUUGUCAAAAGUCGUUAACAGGUCACCCAAAGGCAGCGGCCGGAGCCUGGCAACUGAAUGGAUGUCUACAGAUGAUGCAGGAAUGCAUUAUUCCAGGAAAUCGGAAUGCCGACAACAUUGAUUCAGACUUGCGACAGUUCGAACACUUGGUCUAUCCUAUGGAAUCAAUCCGUGUUGGGGAAGUCAAAGCCACCAUGCUUACUUCCUUUGGCUUUGGUCAAAAGGGUGCUAUCAAUAUCAUGGUGUCGCCCAAAUAUCUGUUCGCCUCCAUUCCCCUGGCUACUUUUCAGCGGUAUCGGUCCCAAGUCACGAAAAGACAGCGGUCUGUUACUCCGGUAUUUAUCUCCAGGGUGAUGAGGAAUUGUUUGGUUCAAGUGAAAGCGCACGCGCCCUGGAGCAGUCCCGAAGCCAUGCAACAAUUCCUUCUGAAUCCAACGAGUCGAAUUCGCAAGGGGAAGAUUUCUUGCAGUAAUCCGGCCCCCAAAACCGGCUAUUUCCUCUCUGAGUCAGAAAAGACGCUCCUGGAGAAGGCAUCGUAUGACUCUCCGUCCAUGUCAAGCGCUGUUCAGGCUAUGCUAGAGACUCUGACGUAUCAGCCGUGUGCGCCAACAUCCACUCUCGGUGUGGACAUAGAGGACAUUGCCAACAUCAACAUGGACAAUGCGACCUUCAUCAACCGCAAUUUUACCGCUGCGGAACGCAAGUACUGCUUCAAGGCACCCAAUCCUCGCGCCUCCUUUGCCGGCCGGUGGAGCGCCAAAGAAGCCGUCUUCAAAAGUCUCCAAACGCCAUCCGUGGGUAGUGGAGCUGCAAUGGGUGAGAUUGAAAUAAUCAAUGUCAACGGAAUCCCGCGAGCUCUGCUUCACGGUCAUGCGCAGGAAAUUGCGGCUUCUCAAGGUAUCCGGCGGAUUGAAAUUACAAUCAGCCACUGCGAUGAAACAGCGAUCGCCAUGGCUCUAGCUAUUAGAAGACGAUAAAGCACGGAACUGAAACAUCAUCUUUGAUUUCCAAAUUGGCACCGUCGUUGGAUAACUGGGAUUAGGUCUCAUCCUACUCACCAGAUAGAAUCUAGAUCUAUCGGAGCUAGAGAAGACAGCCCAAACACAAGAAUCUGCAGUACAAGCAUAACCCCAUUUCCGGUCUCGGUCAUUUCACGUAGAUAGUCAAAUCCCCAAAAUACUCGUCCAAGUCGCACAGUGAC